CUUUUUUGCAAGUGAAAGAAUUAACUGUGGAGAGAUUGGUAGUGUUAACUACAUUUUGGCAUCAAGAAUUGUGUGUCGCUCGCAUUCUUCACCGAGAGAACUCGAGAAGGAGGGAGGCAGAAUGGACGGUGACGAUGUGGACAUGGCCGCUGCAGAGACCAACGAAUCUGAACUUGAUGAUAUGAAGAAGAGACUAAAGGAAAUGGAAGAUGAAGCUGCUGCUCUUCUUGAGAUGCAGGCCAAGGUUGAGAAGGAAAUGGGCUCUGUACAAGAUCCUAGUGCUUCAGCUGCUGCAUCCCAAGCAAAUAGAGAGGAAGUAGAUUCUCGAUCAGUGUUUGUUGGUAAUGUGGACUAUUCGUGCACCCCUGAAGAAGUGCAGCAGCAUUUUCAGGCAUGUGGGACAAUAAAUAGGAUCACUAUCCGUUCUGACAAGUAUGGCCAACCAAAGGGUUAUGCAUAUGUCGAAUUCCUUGAACCAGAGACUGUGCAGGAGGCUCUCCUUCUGAAUGAGUCUGAGUUACAUGGCCGCCAAUUGAAGGUAACUGUUAAGCGGACCAAUCUACCUGGGAUGAAGCAGUUUCGCGCGCGUCGACCCAACCCAUAUAUGGGGUUUCCACCCAGGGGCGCUCCUAUGCCUCCUUAUCUCUUUUCUCCUUAUGGAUAUGGGAAGGUUCUGAGAUACAGAAUGCCAAUGCGUUACAGCCCCUAUGGCUGAAAUACUAUUUUGUUUGAGGCAGCAUUGCCAGCAGAGAGAUACAUCUAACAAAAUUUGUACUCUCUUUUCUUCUCACAUGUUUUAAUCAUUGGGAAAGAUGAACAGAAGAUUUUUCCCUGCUUGGGUUGACGCGUUGAAAUGUGAGAAUUGGAGCUUUAUGUUGUUCAUGGUAGACAAUGAAAUCAAAAUGCCUGCUUCUUCUGUACUGCCUAAAAAUAUUCAUGCUUGAGCUAUCUUGAAAGCUUCCUCUGGUUGCAAUAUUAUAGUUUUUGUCAGGUA